CUACCGACGCGUGUGCUGGAACUUUCCUCAACUGAUAGACUGAUCCUUCGUAAUGGGAGGGGUCGUGGGAUAUACUGCGCCUAUUCAGGGGUGGCGGGGGGCUCCGAGCGCCUUACUCAUACCACUACGUCGAAUAUCAUGGCCAGAAUGCAUGGUAUCCCUUUGGAGACACUACCAACAUCAUGGCGCGAUGCAGCGUUACUCGCUCGGCGAUUGGGAUUUAGGUACAUUUGGAUUGAGGGGCUAUGCGUUAUACAUGACGAUGAACAGUCUUGGAGAGAAGAGUUCGUAAAGAUCUCAGAUUAUUAUCGGAAAGCAACCCUCGUCAUAGCAUCCGCACAUUCAGACAGCUCGGGAGCUCUGCAGCGCAAAAGAUCAACGGACAGUACACUUCUCACUGCCUGGGCAAAACGGGGAUGGACCAUAGGGGAGCGAUAUCUUGCUAGCCGAAUGUUGAUAAUCGGCAAUGACCAAAUAUAUUGGAAUUGUAACCAAUCUUUCUGGUCGGAGGGCUCCACGGUAUGUCUGCCACCGCUUUGGAGGAUCCCAGGCUCAGCCGUCCGUGGCGGUGACCGGUCGAUAUGGUACAACCUCGUCGAAUAUCACACUUCGACAGAGGUGACAUUUCAGUCGGACCGACUUGUUUCAUUGAGCAGCCUCGCAAUAGCCUUCGCCAGUGGCAAUCGCUAUUGGGCUGGCAUCUGGCAGGACGACUUACACGUUGGUCUGCUGUGGCGAAGAGCUGGGUCCGACAUUGCUUUCUCUGACUACGCUGCACCAUCAUGGUCAUGGGCCUCC